AUGGCCGACGACGAUCUGUCCGACACGUCCUCGCUGUCUUCGCUGUCCUCGCUCUCGUCCGCACCGUCGGACGAUGAGGCCGACAUCCAAUUGCGCCAGGAGAAGGGCGGCAUUCUCAAGUUUUUCCACAAGAUUCCCAAGGGCGCCAAGUCAGCCACUGGGAAGGCCUCACCGCCACCGCCCAAGAGGGAGCGGGCGGCCUCACCACCACACGAAUACGUGCUUGCCGACAACCAGGACAUUGCUUUUAUCGUCAUGUUCCGGAACCGGCUCGUGGAGGCGUUUCCCAAAAGCCUGGCCACCUUUGGCCCCCAGGAGCUCGAACGCGACGUUGUCGACAGCGUGCCGGGCGAACGUGUCGAACAUUUUCUCUGUGCCCUGCUGAAGCUGCUCCUCAACCGGCAGCAGGACGUGAAGCCCGGCCACUACAACCGGGCACUCGAGGAGGCCGUACAGUCGCAUUCCUCGCAGUGGGUGGCGGCCUGGAAGGAUAACCCGCUCGCCGGCGGGAAGACGUUUGCGUCCAUGACGCCAUCAGAAAGGCUCACGCUCCUGCGUGCUCUGAUACUGUGGGCGAUGGCCUCGUCCAAAAUUGUGCACGACAUCAUCGACCACGCCUACAAGGGGAAGCGAAACGAAGACGACUCCAACGUGGCCAUGUCCAUCCAGCCGUGGGGAUCGGACAGCGACAAGCGGCGGUAUUUCCUCAUUGAGGGCCGAGACGACACAGCCUUCCGCGUGUACCGCGAGAGCAACCCGGCCGGAUUCAUCAACCGGACGUGGCGCAGUGUUGCCGGGUCGAUUGACGAGACUCGGACUUUGAUUGAAAAGCUCGAGACGGGAGACGGGGGACCCAAGGCAAAGAAGCUUGCUAAGCGGCUGAGCGACGAGAUCCCGCGCUUCGAGGCCACAGAAGAAAAACGGCGGCGGCGAGAGUACCGGCAGACGCGCAAAGACCAGUUCAAGCGGCCAGAUCCAGGCUUCUCGGUCUACGAGGGGCGCACGCGCGGCAAGCGGAUAAAGUACACGUACUCGGACGACGAGGACUUCCUGACCGACUCGACAGGCCGGCGGCGAUCGGGGCGCAAUAGUGCGGUUGCAGAACACAGUGGGCCGACGACAACAGCCAGCGGACGACAGGUGCGAGCGCCCAACCGGCUCAAUGCUAGCACUGGCGCUGGUGGUGACGGGGUGACGAGCUCUGCAACCAGCGUGCAGGGCGACGGGGAUGUCGACAUGGACGACGUGUCGGUCGGGCCUACCGGAAGGCCGCGUCGUUCUGCUGCCGUCAACCACAGCAUGAAUGGAUGGGCUCAGAAGAAGACAAAGGAGGUGUACGACGAGUACGACUCGGCAGCGGAGGAUAACGAGAGCGAGCCGGACCUUGGCGACGACGAGGAGGAUGAGGAGGACGAGGGGCAGGAGGACGAGGACGAGGACGACGAGGACGACGAGGACAAAGAAUUCGAUGAGGACAAAGACGCAGCACUCGAUGCAGAAGACGAGGAGCUGGAGCAGGAGCUGGAGCAGGAGCUGGAGCAGGAGCAGGAGCAGGAUGCACGACGCAGUACCGUGGUCAAGCUUCCGGUCAGUGCUGUCCUGGACAAGGAGACGGGAAAGUGGCUCAAGUCAGAGGGCAAGGCCGAUGUCAAGGCGCCAACAAAGGCAGAGGAAGGCGAGAAGGGCGUGCCAUUAGAUGUGCCAACCAUCGCUGUGGCUACAGUGUUGUCUUGCAGGAAAAGCCCAGACAAGGCACUGCAAGCAGGCCGACCGGAUGCUGUAGGGCUCAGCAAUUAG